GCGUUGAGGUCUGUUUCGCUGACGCGGGGCGGCGGGGCAGGCGAGGAGGGCGCGAGGCACUCACUGACGCUGACGCUCCGGCGCCGAGGGACGAGCAGCAUGGAAGUGCGACGCAGAGUCAUGAGACUCAGCGGUUCUUUGUGUGUCCUGCUGGCGCUCAUGUCCCUGAGGAGAGUCUGCUGCGCCCCUUCGGGAGGCCACAGGGCUUCCCCACAGACACUCAUGACCCACCUCAAGACCAACCUUUCGGCCAGACUCCAGCUCGUGGCGCAGGGCGAGGUCAAGCGCCAGCCCGCGCGGACGGAAGGGGCGGGGCGCUCGGGGUCCUGGCUGCACGACCUCCUGGCGCUGCUGCACCUGCUGGGCGUCUCGGAGGCGGACUUGGCGGCGUUCCUGGACGCUUUGGUGCAGGACGUGGAGAGCGUCCUGGCUCAGCUUCCGCCUCGGGAACUUAUGGCGGUGGAGAUGGCCGCGGGGGACAUCCUGGGGAUGCUCCAGGGCGGUGAGCUCGACCUCGAACGCCUCCAGGUCGACCUCAACAUCAUCUACACCUUGACGUGGCCUUACGUCAACGAGGACCUUAAGCCGACCUUGCAGCUCAUCCUUGACCUUGUCCUUUGGCUCCUCGGCCAGCGAGACGCCUCCCUUCCGCUGCUGCGGCGCCGCCCGUAGGAGGGGGUGAGGGCCUGGCGCUGCCAUGGGAGGGGUCCUGGGCGUCGGCCCUUUCUCUCUCUCAUUCUAUCUAUAUUCAUUUCUCUUUCUCUCUGCCGCGUCAUGUUACCCAUUUCUUGUGAAGGGAUAAUUGAUCAUAAAAUUCUUAUCCUUAAAUCUUUACCUCUUUAUUUCCUCUCGCAAUGAUCAUCGAUUUUCUUGAUUCUGCCAUGUCUUUCACGGUUUAAUGGAAUUUAAUUUUAUUCUUACAUAUAUGGGAUAUUGUUUUACAUUGCUUUUAUCUGUAUUUCCUUUUACUUGUCUAUUCAUAUGUCACAGCAAAGAGAAUAUCCACUGCAACAAAUGAAAUUAAAAUAAACCUUAAAACGUUUGC